UUGUACCGAUGUGCAUAUUAUAGACUGGUCCAUGACCGAGAAUUACAACUACAUGACGGUCGUCGUAUGGUUAGUGCUGAAAAAUAUGACAUAUUACAAAAAGCUCACAGCGAGGCCUAUCUACAGCAAAAUGGCAUGUUAAAAAUACACCCAAACUUCAGAAUAAUAGCAUUAGGCGAACUGUCUAACGUGCAGCCGACAAGGAACUGGCUAACCUCAGAGAUUCUUAGCUUGUUCUUGUUCCAUGAAACACGAUUUCUGACAAAGAUGGAGGAAAUGCAUAUAAUUACGUCUAAGUUCGGCCCAAUAUCAGAGACUCUGCAGAAAAUUAUCGAUUUUGCGCACAUUUUGCGCGUGAGCCCCGAUCCAAUUUUAAAGCAACUUUCAGGCCAUAUGUCCACUAGGCAAUUGUUAAGGAUCUCCAAGCGGCUUCAAAAGUUUCCCAAUGAAGACAUGUACGAAAUUCUCCAAACUGUUUUUAUGACACAGUUCUUGCCGACUUUAACCCGUCGAACUUUGGAGAAUGCGUUUGCCAAAAUGGAAAUUGUACCACAGGCUGGUUUCGAGAGGAAACCCACAACUUACAGUAUAAACAAUAAUGUGCUUACCAUUGGAAAUACUUCUGCUUUUAUAUCCGCUACUGAAGAGAUUACAAAAGUGCCUCAAGUUCUUUUUUACGACGUACCUCAACAUAUACAACUAAUGGAAAAGCUUCUGCAAGAUUUUCAGUUAGGCCUACACCUACUUUUGGUCGGAAAUCAAGGCGUGGGUAAAAAUAAAAUUGUUGAUCGAUUCUUGGGACUGCUCAACCGUCCAAGAGAAUAUAUACAAUUGCAUCGCGACACAACGGUGCAGACGUUAACAGUACAGCCUACAAUUAAAGACGGCAUUUUGGUGUACGAAGACUCUCCACUGGUCAAAGCCGUUAAAUACGGCCACGUCUUAGUUAUCGACGAAGCUGAUAAAGCCCCAACGCACGUAACAUGCAUUUUAAAAACUCUCAUCGAAUUUGGACAGAUGUUAUUGAGUGAUGGCCGUCGAAUUACUACAGCGCCACUCGAUGAAAACGAUAUUCAGAUACAUCCCGAUUUUCGCAUGAUUGUACUGGCAAAUCGGCCCGGGUUUCCGUUUUUGGGGAACGAUUUCUUUAGUGCUUUAGGCGAUUUGUUUAGCUGUCACGCUGUCGAUAACCCAUCUAGGUCUUCAGAAAUAGACUUAUUGGUACAAUACGGACCUGAUGUCCCGAUUGAUACCAUAACAAAAUUGGUUGACAUUUUCGGCGAUCUGCGAUCAAUGGCAGAUGAGGGAUUGGUCACCUAUCCUUAUUCUACUCGUGAGGUGGUAAAUAUAGUAAAGCACUUGCAGAAAUUUCCACAAGCGGACAUAGAUGAUGCGUUGUUUAAUGUCUUCGAUUUUGAUAAAUACAAUCAAGAUGCUGUUGAAACUUUGGGACAAGUUUUAAUUAAACAUGGUUUUCCAAAAACCAAUAUGUUUACCGCGGAAUAUUUGGCAUUAAAGCAAGCUAAGGAGUACUUACAAGUUACUGUUGACCGUACUAGUGGAUUAGAUACAAAAGGUCCCAAACACGGAAAGGAAGACCCCAAAAAUGAACCACAUGUAGGUGGAAACACAUGGGCUGGUGGUACCGGUGGACGGGACACAGCAGGGUUGGGUGGUAAAGGGGGACCAUACCGUUUGGAUAAAGGUCACAAAGUUCAUCAGUUGUCAGAUGAGGAGAAAGCAGCAGUUCCAGAACAUAUAAAGCGAGCCGCAAGAGAAAUGGGAAGGAAAGCAUUUGAAGAACGGUUGAAAGAAAUUGGAAUGAGUGGAUAUGAUGCUUCUUUGUAUGCUCAGUUCUCAGGCGCCGUUUCUAAGCAAGUGCUGUCAUUAAGGAUAAUCCUAGGUUCACUUCAAGCCAAAAAUAAGGAGAGGCAGUGGACUAAAAAUAAAACAUCGGGCGAAUUAGACGACACGAAACUAAUAGAUGGACUACUUGGUGAAAAAACCAUUUUUCGCAGAAGAACCGAACUUGAACCUGAGUUAGGCUCACCACAAAUUAAACCCAAAAUGUUGCGCCUUGUUGUGGAUGUUUCAGCGAGCAUGUAUAGGUUUAAUUCUUACGAUGGACGACUGGACAGGCAGUUGGAGGCAGUCGUUCUACUAAUGGAAGCUAUGGAAGGAUUCGAUGACAAAAUACAAUAUGACAUAAUGGGGCAUUCGGGAGAUGCGCACGAUAUUAAAUUUAUUACAAAAGGUAAUCCACCCAAGAACAACAAAGAGAGACUAAAUAUACUGAAGACUAUGUAUGCCCAUUCACAGUUUUGCUUUGCGGGCGAUAACACAUUAGAAGCCACAGAAUUAGCAAUUAAAUCUAUGUCGGAUGGAGAUUUUGACGAAGCUAUUGUGGUAGUACUUUCAGAUGCUAACUUACAACGAUAUUCCAUACCAUCAUCGGAAUUGGCGAAGGUUUUAUCUCAGUCAGAAAAAAUUAAUUCGUACGCAGUUUUUAUUGGAAGUUUAGGUGAUCAAGCCGAAAGAUUGACACAAAGUUUACCAGCCGGCAGAUCAUUCAUUUGUAAAGAUGUAUCCACACUGCCUCAAAUUUUAAAACAAAUAUUUUCCUCAUCUGUUAUUAAUUUUUAGAUGUCUAUAUUUUAUUUAGGUUAUUAUUUUUAAUAACGAUGUGUUAAAUAAAAAUUGUUGGAAUUUAUUGUUAUGUAA